CGGCGGGCGACGCUCCGUGACUCACUUGAAUAUCACAUCAGUGAUAAUCAAGUGCUGAACGAGGCGACCGUCUAACACUCACCAGUCACCACCGACCUCGCACCAUGGCUCAGGGUCAACAAUAUAUGGAUCCCGAAAGGUUUGAAGAUGAAAAUGGCGUCACAAGAUUCGACUUCUCAGAACAGUCCAUCAGGAAGGCCUUCAUACGAAAGGUGUACUCCAUCCUCAUGUGCCAACUGCUGGUCACGAUGGGGUUCAUCGCGCUGUUCGUGUUCCACGAGCCCACGGUACAAUUUGUAAGGAAUAACUCAUAUCUAUUCUGGAUAGCACUGGUGGCGCUGGUGGUGUGUCUGAUCUCCAUGGCGUGCUGUGAGAACGUACGCCGCACGUCGCCCAUGAACUUCAUAUUCUUGUUCAUAUUCACUCUGGCGCAGAGCUUCUUGUUGGGAGUCACCUGCAGCAACUUCCAAGUUAACGAGAUCUUUAUGGCGGUGGGCAUCACGGCGGCAGUCUGCCUCGGGCUGACUCUGUUUGCAUUCCAGACCAAGUGGGACUUCACCAUGAUGGGGGGCGCCCUGGUUGCGGCAAGCAUGAUUCUGCUCAUGUUCGGACUGAUCGCUAUAUUCAUCCCGAGCAACAACAUAGUGCGUUUGGUGUACGCCUCGCUAGGAGUCCUCAUCUUCUCGCUGUACCUGGUCUACGACACGCAGCUCAUGUUGGGUGGCAAGCACAAGUACUCCAUCUCACCCGAGGAGUACAUCUUCGCUGCUCUCAACCUCUACCUCGACAUCGUCAAUAUAUUCCUGUUUAUCUUGACUAUAUUCGACGCUACAAGAUAAUUUCACCAGAGAACAAUACCUAGCCGCAAUGGCGCGCACAAUAAUGACAAACCUUUGAGUCUGGCAAAUUCCGGCGAUAUUAUUGGGCUUCAUUAACAAUCUGUUGUUAGUUUUUAAUGUGUAUCACAGACACCUGAAAAAACUGAUAUAAGCAAACGAUAACCGGAUAAUCAAUUAUUAUCUAUUUUAGUUUCUAGUCAGAAGUUGUUUUGGUAUCGGGUGCAGUUUUAUAUAUCUACCUAGGUUAAGAAUAGUGGUGGUUUUAUUUUCACACUUUAACCAAUGAAAACAAUAGACGAAUUACGUUAUUUAUUACAACAAUAGGUAAAUAUAGGAUAGAAAAGGCACCUCAAAAGCAACUUAUUAAUAAUAAUUUUAAUUGUUAAGCCACCAGUAAAUAGAAGUACAUAAUAGUUUAAAUAAAUAUUUUCAUUAA